AGGUAGGUAGAUACUUAAAACAAGAUACGUAAAAUAAGGUCAACAACCGAAGUGUCUGACUUUUGAGCCAGUUCAUUUUAAUCAGUUUUGUUACUUUUUAAAACUUUUAAAAAUGUCACCGCCAACGUUGUAUCAUUUCCCUUUAAGUCCACCAUCUCGAGGUGCGGUUAUUGCUGCAAAAAUUAUAGGCGUACCAGUGGAAGUUAAAAUUAUAGAUUUAAUGAAAAAGGAACAGUUUAAUGAAAGUUUCAUUAAAAUUAAUCCUCAACACUGCGUACCUACACUUGAUGAUAAUGGUUUUGUAAUAUGGGAGAGUCGUGCAAUUGCGUGUUACUUAGCAGAUAAAUACGGGACGAAUGACGAUAUAUAUCCAAAAGACCUGCAACGACGCGCAAUCGUCAAUCAAAGAUUAUACUUUGAUAGUUCGUUCGUGUACCCAAGGAUUCGAGCAAUAUGCUAUCCAAUUAUUUAUGAUGGUGUAACCGAAAUAAAGGAAAAAUUAAAAAAUGAUUUGAAUGCUACUCUUGGUUUUCUCAAUCAAUUUUUGGAGGAUAGUAAGUGGGUUGCCGGCGAGCACUUGACCAUCGCUGAUACCGCAAUUCUUGCAUCUUUAACCUCUAUACUUGAAGUGGGCUGGGACAUAACUCCCUUUCCAAACAUUGAAAGAUGGCUGCAAAGUUGCACAAGCAUACCUGGAUAUGAAGAUAAUUUGGAAGGUGCUAAGAUCUUUGCAUCAAUUGUCAAGAAAAACUUAAAAUAGUGUUUAUAAAUAUAUUUUUCAUAUGUAUAUAUAUGCACUUAAUCCUAUAAAAUUAUAUAAUAUUAAAUGUAAAUGAUAAUAUAUUUUUCUAUUUAUAAAAUUUUAAAACUAA